AUGGCUUUUCGAGGGAGUUCGGAUAAACUGUUUACGCCUCAAAACGGCAAAUUCUUAGGACUAAAACAGAUGCUUGCAAAAUUUGAUCCUGUGAUGCAAAAGCAUUUAGCACUUGCAAUAAAAGAUGACACUUCAGACCAUUAUUGCAAGAAAAAUAUUCAAAACGAGUUAAUAGAUUUAAUGUCUCAAAAGGUUAAUGAUGAAAUAAUAAACCGAGUCUUGAAAGCCGUUUACUAUUCAAUCAUUGUUGAUUGUACACCUGAUAUUUCUAGCAAAGAACAACUUUCUCUUACUAUUCGAAUUGUUGACUUGUCAUUAGACAUUAGAGUGGAAAUUAAAGAGUACUUUUUAGGAUUCUUUUCUGUUUCUGAUUCUACAGGCUUAGGACUUACUGAGGUUUUAAUCGAGUUGCUAACUAAGCAUGGACUUGAAAUCUCUAACUGCAGAGGUCAAGGGUAUGAUAAUGGAUCAAAUAUGAAAGGAAAGAUUAAUGGUGUACAAAAAAGGAUUUUAAAUUUUAAUCCUUUAACAUUAUAUGUUCCUUGCGGCAACCAUAGCUUAAAUUUGGUAAUAAGUGACUCUGCACGGUCUUCAGUAAAAUCUAUAGCUUUUUUCGGUAUUCUUCAGAGAUUGUUUACUUUAUUCUCAACUUCAGUCAGCCGAUGGAAAAUUUUAAUUGAUCAUGUUAAAAUUUUGCAUUUAAAGAAACUCUGUGACACGCGGUGGGAAGCAAAAAUAAGUAUUGUUAAAGCCGUUCGUUAUCAAGUUGGUGAUGUACAUGACGCUUUGAUAGCAUUGUCAGAAAUUGAAGGAUGUAAUCCUGAAACUGCACAUGAAGCGAUAACUCUAGGAGAGCAAUUAAAAAAUUUUAGCUUUCUUGUCUCUUUAAUUGUCUGGUAUGACGUUCUUUUUCAAGUCAAUAUUGUUAGUAAAACUCUUCAAGAAAAAGACACGGACAUCACUCAAUGUGCAAAGUUAUUGAAAAGCUACACAUCUUUAAUUUCAAUUAGAGAAAGAUUUAUACAGUUGGAGAAUUAUUCCGAAGUUCGAGGUUUUUUGUAUAAUGUCGAUAGUUUGCAAAAAAGAGAAGAAAUUCUAAAAUCAUGUUUAGCUCUUCAAAGUAAACUUACCAUAAAUCUAAAAUCGGACAUUAAUGGUAUUCUCCUUUGCGAUGAACUGAUGAGCAUUAAACAUUUUCUUUCUGAAAUGGUCAAGGAUAAAAUUACUCCUAUUAUUGUUUUAAACUUUAUAAAACAGCACAAAAUGCAAGAUUUGUAUCCAAACACAUGGAUUGCAAUGCGAAUUUUUCUAACAAUACCUGUCACUGUAGCGAGUGGAGAAAGAAGCUUUUCCAAAAUGAAACUAAUAAAAACCUAUCUGCGGUAA